GAAGACAAACUAACAGCUAACAUCAUGUUUCGCCCUGCUUCACAUGAGCUUGGGAAAUGUAUAUGUCCCACUUUUCUUCUGGAUCUGAACGGUUUCAGGAGGCAUUGCUCGUCUUCCGUGGUAUGCCCCGGAGUCUGAUGAACGCUUCUCUCGUCUGGCGGAGAUUACGCCUGCUCUCCGUUCUGCGCAAGUCUUUUUUUAGUAUCCGCGUACAUAGUGAAACAACAUUUUUUUCUUUCACAUCCAAUCGCCGCGCAUUUGCCGCGGUUCGAUGGGCGGAGCUGUGGCGUGGCAUCUGCUGCGCUCCGUACACUACCGCUGUGCUGCUCUUUGCGUUGACGUCAACUUGAUUCUCGUCUGACCUGUGAUUCGCGUUAUUGGUCAGUCGUGACUUGGCAAAUCACACGGUGUUUACAUGAGUAGCGGUGGCGUCAGCGAAAGCCCGAGUGGAAGUAUCGCGAGUUGGGCGGUCGCUGCGGAUACCUGUUGGACUCUUCGGCAAGGCCGCUUCUUCCCGCUGGCUCUACUCGUUUGAGAGGCAUCCAGCAGCCUAAGAAUUAUUGGUGGAAAAAGGACUCCUGCAUGUAUUUCGACCACGUAUCCACAGUUUCCAGUUAAAUGCGUUUAUGAACCACCGAUAUAUCGUGUGAUGACUCCUGUAUCAGUUGCCUUGUUCAUUCAAUCACGCUCAGGACGUCACAUAGUACGUUUUUUUGCCAAUUGUUGCUUAUUUGUAUCCCCCGUGACUCCGUCUUUCCACAGCAUCUGCGUAAUCUGUGUAUCCACGCGAGCGCGCUGCUGUUUCUGAGGCGGUGGUAAAGAGUCAAAUUUCCCGUAGCCAUGGCUGUCAAGACUCCCACAUCAGAUGCGCCGGUGAGGGUGAAACGCGAGGACAGCGAAACGUUUCGACAGGAAAAUACAAGCGACGUUCCCUGCUCAGAGACAAGGGAGCCAUGUGGCGGGGUGGCUGAGGCGGUGGGCACGUCGCAGCACCAGGCUGCUCGGCGUGACUGCAUCCGACAGCUGGCAGUUCACUUCAGUGGCGCCUUCGACAGCCUGUUGUCUCUGGUUCCCUUUAGUGCGGUUUCCAACAGCACGGAAGACACAGAGCGUGAGGCAGAUGAACACGAUGGAGACAAAGGCAAGGGCGCAGAUCCUGUGCAGUCCCGCAGUCAACAAAAGUGGCAUCUCAGACAGAAGCGGUACCAUCCCCGAGUUCUGGUUGCCACCCCACUGCGGCUGCAGGAGCAAGUAGCUAGCGAAGAAAGCCGCUCCAGAAAGCGCCACGGAGGCAGCGCGAAUGCAAAACAGCGGCAGCCUCCGAAGCAAAGAGGGGUUUCUCAGACCUCUGUCGGAUCUGCGAAAACCGAAGUCGGGGAUGCCGCUACCGGCGGCCUUGCCGACAGCCGCGCUGAGUUGCAGCGGCGGCUCCACGCAAAACUCGAGGCGCUUCGCCGAGUAAAGAAGGACAACAAACGCGAGAGAGGCAAACAGAGAAAAAAGAAGGAUCCCAAGGAGCGCGCGGGACUGAAGAACCGCGCUGAUGACGGACAGGCCCGGGGAGACCGAGGACGCAACGCUCCACAAAAGAAACAGUCGCAGGAAGCCAGUGGAGAUUCAUUCGAGUACGGAGCCGUGACGUGCCCUCGGGAGCGAGUGGAGGUCCGCCAGGCCAACCGCGCCGGGACCAAGAAGCGCAAACUGCAACAAGCGAUGAGAGAGAUUGAAAGUAAUCGGGAAAGCUUGCAAAAGUGCCAGUCAUCGGAGGAGCGUCAGCGGGUGGAGUUGCAGCAGUCCAUGGCGAAGGUGAUGAAGAAGCUUGACGGAGAGAAAGUUAUGGAUGACAUGCAGCGAUUAAAGAAGAAGCAGAAGUUCCUCGAGAAAAAGAAAGAGAAGGCAGCGGAAAAGUGGCAAUCUCGGUUGUCGGAAGCAAAAGAAAAAAAGAGGAUGGCUCUGGAAGCCAAGAAACAGCAGAAAGAAGAGCGCCUCCGGGCACGAGAGAAGCGAAACGGUUGAGUCGUCUUCUCGAUAUACGCGAGAAUAAACCUUGGAUACUGUCUGUCUGAGCUGUGGUCUUCCCCAUGUCUACUGUCUACAUAUUUUGCUUUGCUUCCCGGACAGCGUUCUUGGCUUGCUGCUCUUUCCUGAACCUGCUUUGAUGGCGUCAGACACCGUGGGGGCGCCACUGCUGCCUACAUGCGGUGCCAACACGAUUAACACGAUUUACUGAAAGCAGCGCGCGCCUAUUGCGGAUUUAUGGUAGGCGUACGCUUCUCUUAUAUAAUUUGAUUUCUAUGUCGAGGUGUUUCAGAUGAGCAUUUACCGGCGAUUUCAACGCUUCUGCAUCGCGUAUAUGCAGUAGAGAAUGACAAAACAUUCUCUGAGUAGCAG